UCAAACCGGUUUUUGUUUUGCGGGAAAUUCGGCAGGCGGCUGAGUUAAAUCAGUCUGCAGAACCGCAUUUCCGCAUAGUUUUUGUUUUCAUGCUAUAUGAUCGCGUCCGCUGUCUUGUUACUUUAAAAUGAGCGACAACGAGAAAGAUUUCAGAGAGCCGGACUCGCGGGGUGGCUCGAGGAGUGCAUCCCCUCGAGGCUCAGCAAAAUCUGCCAGCCGCUCACCAGCACGCUCCAAAGAUGGCUCCCGCCGUUCCAGGUCCAGAUCUCGGUCUCGGUCCAGGUCCAAAUCAAGGUCUCGGUCCCAUCGAAGUUCACGCAGGCACAACUCCCGUUCUCGUUCCCGCUCCCGCCGGCGUCGUUCCAGGAGCCGGUCUCGCAGCUCAGACUACCGCAGACGUAGGAGCCACAGCCGCUCCCCGAUGUCAAAUCGUCGCAGACACAUUGGCAACCGGGCCAACCCCGACCCCAACAACUGCCUGGGUGUGUUUGGACUGAGCCUUUACACCACUGAGAGGGACCUGAGGGAUGUUUUCUCUAAAUAUGGCCCACUGAGUGAUGUCAACAUUGUGUACGACCAACAGUCGCGUCGCUCAAGAGGUUUUGCCUUCGUCUAUUUUGAGAACUGCGAGGAUUCAAAGGAGGCCAAAGAGCGCGCCAAUGGAAUGGAGCUUGACGGACGCAGGAUCCGAGUUGAUUUUUCCAUUACCAAACGAGCCCAUACUCCCACUCCUGGGAUCUACAUGGGACGACCUACAUAUGGUGGCGGCGGCGGCGGCGGUGGUGGAGGCGGAGGCGGCGGCGGUGGUUCAUCACGUCGCGUCUCGAGGGACUAUGACAGGGGCUACGACAGAGGUUAUGACAGAGGGUAUGAUCGUGACUAUGACCGCUAUGACGACAGAGAGUACCGUUCAUACAGGCGCAGAUCUCCAUCUCCGUACUAUAGUAGAGGAUACCGCUCUCGAUCUCGAUCACGGUCCUACUCACCACGUCACUACUGAGCAGCGAGAGAAGAGUCAACAACAGUGUUAUUGUUUGGAUGCUUGUUUCUCUUUGUUUUGACCAGAUUAUGUAUGUGAUAUCAAUUCUAGAUUUGUUUCUGUAUCAAGAGUUACAAAAACAAUGAAGUCUGUCAUGAAUUACUCGUCACCAAAUUUUUUAGUCAUGAAAACAAGUUUUGACAAAAAUGUAAAAUGGCAGAAAGUACAUCAGUUGGAAAAGACUUCCAUGAAAUUCUCUGUCAUUUUAGGAAAUGAAGGCAACUUGCAAACAGGAACUGAAAACGCAGCCUGUUUGACGACAGGACUUUAAGAUCAGGCUCGUUUGCGAUUGGCUCAAAUGACUUGUUUUUAUCAAAGCACGAGUUUCUCUUAGUUUUGUUGCAGUUUAACAGUUUGCUCUUUCUAUGUAGUUGACUUCUUGAACUAUUAUGAUCCUAGUUUGCUCUUUGAUAAGUUUUAAAUGCCAUGUUUCUUUCUGAUUUUGUCUUUACCUGGUGAAAAGUAAACUUUUGUUGGUUGUACAUAAGCAGUAAAAAAUAAAGAAAAAUACUUGGGUCA